CAUCCUUUGCAUCAAUUUCUUCAUCAUUACAGUUCCACUAAAACCUUCACUCCUCUUCUCAAAUCUCAACCUUGCUAUCAUCAUGUCUGACAUCCAGCAGGCUAUGACCCUCCUCAUCACAUCUUUUGAUAGAUAUUCGGGUAAGGAGGGAGACCGUCACACCCUGAGUAAGACAGAGCUGAAAGAGCUUCUUGAGAAUGAAUUUGGAGAUGUGCUGGGGAAAACCAGCGACAAGGAAGCAUUAGACCGCAUCUUCAAGGACCUGGACACAAACCAAGACAACUCAGUGGACUUCCAUGAGUUUGUCAGGCUGAUCUGUUGCUGCACUCAAAUGUGCCAUGAGUACUUUAUCAGCAAGAGAUAGAGAUUCAAGCGCCAUCUUGGGGCCAACAUAGAAAGCUGUCGUACUGUGAAAGAGAGGUGUCUCUUGACAGCUUCUCUGAGGAAAGAAUACAUAUUUACUACUGCUCAAAGGCACUAACAAAAAAGUGACCAUUAAGCUACAAAACAUG